UCGCUUCCACAGAAAUAUGCUUGCGGUUUGCCUCGUUUUUUUAAUUUUAAAAUGUAUUAAUUUGGAUAUUUCGUUAUUUUAACUUUUGAAUUAUUAAAUUAUUGAAUAGUGUGGGGUUUUAUAAGCCUUUGUAAACAUUGCCCUUCUUUGCAAAGAGUUAUUUUCGUUGAUUCGAACGUUGAAUUCACUACUGACUGAUAGACGCAAUAAAUUAUGGAUAUCGAUAACAUGAUCAUUAAAACAUUCAGUGACAAUCAAGGUAUUUAUUAUCCAAUUGUGUGUCAGAGGGAGGCGAAAAAUUUUGUCAAAUUGAUGAUAAAAAAUGGGAUAAGUAAUUUAACGAUGAGUGAAGAGAUUGGUGAACCUGAGGUAACAUUCACUUCAUGGAAGAACGGACUGAACAAAUCAAGCGUCGGUAGAAAGGUAAUAAAACGAAUAAACAAACCUUUAGAAAAAUAUCUUUGGACGGAUAGCGAACUGAAUGAGUUGGAAAAUGAACUGAAAAUUGAAAUUGAAAAAAUAAAACGUACAAAAGCAAAAAAGACAAGAAUUCAACUAAAAAUUGAACUUGGCAGAUCGCCUACGAGCAAAACUCCAAUUGAAAAAUCGGCUCUCAGAGAAAGACGUUUAAGUUCAAAGAACAAAAAUCAAAACGCUCAUUAUUACAUGAGUUUCGAUGAGUCGAAGAGAACAUUCAACCAGUUGUGUCAAAGUCAAACGAACGUCAAAAACAUUUCGUCCAGAAGCGAUUUCGAUAAGAAAACAGAAAGUUUAUCGUUAAGACUGUGUCAGAGAGGUAUUUCCUGGUCUGGACCUGAAAGUGAAAACGCGAGAAGUAAUGCUGAAAGUAAUUCAGAAAUCUUUGAAAAUUUUAAAACUAUAAAACUAAGAAAAGUCGGCCGACCCGAUCUUUAUGAGAGCAGCAACGAUAACAACAACAACAGCGAUACAAAUGUUAACAGUAAUAACGAUAAUGAUAGCAACAGUAAUAAUAAAGCUGACAACAGUAACAACUGCAAUGACACUAACAACCAAAAGUCAGACAAAUAUGGUGAAGGUGACAUAAUUUCAGAGACCGAUGAAACGAUGGAGAACACUGCAACAGACGUGGAAAAUUCAAUAGCGAACGAACCAGCAAACGACGCAUCAUCACCGAAUUACGAGAACGACGAUUGCACAACUCCAAAAGAGUUGGAACGACAAAGCAGUAGCGACGAGAGAGCCGACAAUCCGACAUGCAACGAAUAUUUGUACGUCUUCACUGAUAGCAACAGCUGCAACAACUCUCCCAUCAGAUAUCACAGGUUUAAAAUCGGCCUGACCAAUUGCCCUUAUGACGAACUACAGAAGGCUUCUGAAUUCAACCUCGACAUUAAACUGGUUUCGGCGACAGCCGUCAAAAACUCCGGCGGCGUGUUUGAAAAAAUUCAAAGUGAGUUGUUGGACUGCUUAAUGAAGGGUAAGGACGGUUGGUACUGUUGCUCGCUUGAUAAAGUUCUGCAAGUGACUGGUGAAGCCAUAACAUGGUCAUCUUCAUCAACGUCCUAAUCAAAUCAAACUGCUGCUGUGCUGCUGAACAUAACUGGAUAUUUGCAUUGAUGUCACUACGUUGUUCUUGUUGUUUUUACGUUUAUAUAGAUUUAGAUCUCAACUUUUCAUUGAACCUUCAUUGAUUUUACAUUUUACAAUGCACGAGAAUAGUUUUCAAAUCGUCGUUGAUUUAAAUUUUUACGAUGUUUCAAAACAUGUGUUGUUUGUUGCGUUAUGUUUUUCAUGGGUAAUUUGUGUUAUUUUCUGUAUUUGUUGUAAUAAAAAUUGAUUUAUUAA